AUGGCCAGAGACGCAUCGUCGCCGGCCUCGCAGUCGGCCCCGGAGCUCAAUGCCCGCAUUUCCACCUCCAGCGGACACCACCGCCCAGCCGCCAAAGAAACCACGUUCCGGGAAUGGAUGCUCGCCAACCAGAUCGGUAUUUCGUUGACCACUCUUUCUAUGCUACUGGCCGUUCACCACCUCUACCCUUCCUUGAAUCCCUACACCGCCCCGUUUUUCCAGCUGUCGUACUACCAGCCCACCACUGGAGAUUAUGUGCAAGGAUGGGAUGACAUCUACUUUAUCGCCAGCUCCGCGAUUGCUUUCAUCGCUAUCCGGGCAAUUGUUAUCGACUGGAUUCUCCAGCCACUGGCGCAAAGCUGCGGAUUGAAACGGAAGGCCUCGGUUCGUCUGGCUGAGCAAGGCUGGCUCUGCUUGUAUUAUGGAUUCUUCUGGUCCCUUGGCAUGUACAUUUGGUCCAACUCAUACUAUUGGGGCGACUUCAGCGCCAUCUGGGAUCAGUGGCCCGCACGCAAUGUGUCGGGGUUGAUGAAAUGGUACCUUUUGGUGCAAUUGGCCUUCUGGGUGCAGAUGCUCCUGGUUAUCAACAUUGAGGAGCGCCGGAAAGACCACUACCAGAUGCUAACUCACCACGUCAUCACCAUCACUCUCUUCGGAUCGGCUUAUAUCUAUGGCUUCUACAAUGUAUCCAACGUGGUACUGUCGCUCAUGGACAUUGUGGACCUCUUGCUACCGGCGGCCAAAGUCCUCAAAUACUUAAAGUACGAGACCACCUGCAAUGUCGCUUUUGGUGUGUUCAUGGUUACGUGGCUCAUAACGCGCCAUAUCUACUACCCGCAACUGUGCUGGUCCAUCUACAAGGACGUCCCAGCCAAGAUGGCCGGCCCAAUCUGCAUGAACCGCACCAUCAAGUGGAUCUUCCUUUCCUGCCUUUUGGCACUGCAGGCACUCUCGCUCAUCUGGUUCACCAUGGUCAUCCGGGUCGCCGUCGGAGUCAUCCGCACCGGAAAUGCUGAAGAGCCUCGCAGCGACGACGAAGAGGAGGAGGAAGAUGUUGCGGGCAAGGAUGGCCCCAAUGGUACAGCUGUCCCGACCGACGGCUCCAGUGCUGACUGGCGCCGCGCCAAUGGGUCUUCGAAUGUACGGCCCCGUGGACGCGGCCGUGUUCGUCUUGGCGACCAGAGUGACCACAAAGCGUUACUCGGGCGGAUCGGAUGUGAUAAACCGACCUAG